CAGUGCUUUGGUGCUGGGGCACCACAGUGCACCAUGGUGGUAGCACGUGGUGAAGGGCUGUUCACUUCAUGGUUGGGAAGGUGUCUUAGUUUGGGUUCUUAUUACUGUUAACAGACACCAGGUUCUUAGAAAGGAAACUUCUAAUCGAGGGUGGCUCGUCCAUUAUCAUCAUGGUGGGGAGCACGGAGGCAGGCGGUGAGCUGGGAGUCCUACAUCCUGAUAGGCAGGCAACAGGAAGUGGACUGACUGAUGCACUGGGCAGCAUCCUGAGCAUAGGAAACCUCAAAGCCCACCCCCACAGUGACACUUCCUCCAACAAGGCCACACCCAUCCCAGCAAAGCCACCCCUGCAACUAGUGCCCCACCCUAUGAGAUAAUGAGGACCAAUUAGAUUCAAACUACCACAGACUGAAAGAGACAAAAUGGGACCAGUUUCUCAAGAACUCCUUAAAGGGCAUAUUCCCGAUGACUUAACUGUAAGAGCACAGCUCCGAUGGGAGCCAAGACAAACCACAAAGUCACACAGCACAGCAAACCUCACAGGAGGGAUUGGGCGAGGGAAAGCCAGGAGGGGCCUGCCUCUGCCAGGGUGAGGAGCCAACACUAGCAUCCUUCUGUAAACUAUAAGCAGGCUUUUAAUUGAAACGCUAUUCAUCAAUAAAAAUGGCUAUUGAUAAAAUAUUAGUAGUGAUGCUGACAUUUUUCACAUUAGUAAUUUGAAUUUACUUUUCUUUGGACUGUCUGUGUCCUUUGAUAGUUUUAAUGAAAUACCCGUUAGAAUUAAAGGAAAUCUCUUACUUUAUUUUAUACAUGGGUUCUAAUGUAUUCCCAUCUGGCCUCAACUUCUUGACCUUGAACUCCUGACCCUCCCGCCUGCACCUCCAGAAUGCUGGGAUUACAGAGUCGUGCUACCAAGCCUAGUUUAUGCAGUGCUGGCUAUAACACCGAUGAGCAACAUAAGACCCAGGGGUCGAGUAAUUUGUAGCCACCCCACUUUUUAAAAGGUAGACUGGGUUGUAAUCCAGGUCUUCUGACUCCACCUAUAGAUUGACCCACGUUAUGUUCUAUCCGCUCCAGGGGUGCAGGUUUACGCCUUAUCUUCCUCCCAUUCUCACUGACUGAGCAUUUUAAAUCAUUUUAGGAAGGGGUUUGCAGUAAGCGCACGCGAUCCUUCCUCUUCGCGGGAUCUCACGCCUGGCGUCUCUUUUGGCCCCAGGGACUCGCCGUCGUCCGGCUGAGCGUUCGCCGGUUGAGACGAUGGCGGCUGGGGCGCCGGAUCCGCAAGCACGAUUUGGUCAGUCUGUGAAGGGGCUUCUCACGGAGAAGGUGAACACCUGCGGGACCGACGUGAUAGCGCUCACCAAGCAGGUGCUGAAAGGCUCCCGCAGCUCCGAG